AUGGAAGCAUUUAUAAUCGAAGACAUACAGCCACGAAGAAAUUGCACAAAUAUCCCAAAGGCAUGGGAAAUGAAUAAUAAAAAGAAUAUGGAAUGGGGCUUUAAAAACAGGCCCAAUUCGUGCCUAAUUGGAGCUAGUUCUAUUCAGCUCCACUCGUAUGGACCAAAGCAAAAAAGGUUGAACUAG